AUGGAGUCAAGGGCGCGCCGUAUCCGCCUUCCGCCGCGCGCCGAAUACCGGUUUGAGCUGGAAGCUGGCGAGGUGCUGUCUAUGCGCUUUGUGCAGGACGCAAUUUCGGGCCACUAUGGCGAUGCAGAAGUGUUUGGCGCGCCAUUGGUCGGAGGCGCACAGGAACGUUGGUAUACGUUUGGCAACGAGGCGAAGGCUGCGAUCUCGUCGUGGGGCGGGGCUGAGAUUGAGAUUGUAGGGACUGCAUCGACUGAGUACAUGGCAGACGAGCCUUCACCCUUGUAUACCUACGGCGCAAACUUGCACUUGGCCGCGGAACGCGCAAGGAUCCGAGCGCGGGAGCAAUUACGCACAGGCAAGUCGUUGAUCGACUCCCUUGCUGCGCAGGAUGUGGCCACACGCACAGAACCACCCUCAUAUGAAAACAUGAACGUGUCAUCGCCAUCGGAAUUCUAUCGUGCGGCGGGCCAAGGACCGCGGAUUAUGGUGGUUGGCCCGGAGAGUGCGGGCAAGACGAGCUUGAUCAAGUUUCUCGCUAAUUAUGCGCUCCGCUCACCGGCUAUAGCAAGUGUGGAAGAAGGACAAGAUGCACAGAUUUUGUCGCGCGCUGCGCCAGACGAAGAGGAAGAAGAGGGGGAAGAGGAAGAACAGGUAAAGCCUGACGAAGCCAAGGUGAUGGGCGACAUUACAGGAUGGUGGCCCAUGGUCCUCAAUUUGGAUCCAAAUGCAGGUGCAGUGCCUGUGCCCGGAUGCAUUUCUGCGAUUCCACUGUCGCCCACACCAAUGAACUGCCUUCCUUCGCCGUCGCCCGCGCUGCCGUACGGCGUGACGUUACAGACCUCUGGCGCCUUGCCACCGGCCGCGUCCACAGUUGAGAGCGUAGUACCGCUUGUGCAGUGGCUCGGUAAGGAGAAUGUGCGCGAGAACGAGGCGCAUUCGCACCGAGUGGUUGAUUGGCUUGCUCACUCUGUGGAGAAGCGGCUCGUGAAAGAUUUGCGCGCGCGCAUGUCGGGCCUUCUGCUUGAUAUGCCGGGUGUAGUCACUGGUGACUCGCGCACACGCUACUCCUUUAUCCAGUACUGCGUGCGUGCGUUCAAGGUCGACGUACUUGUUGUGCUGGGCCACGAAAAGCUCAAUUUGGAACUGACCAAGAUUUUCUCCGCCAACGCCGACGCGCCGCAGAUUGUCAAAGUACCCAAGUCUGGCGGCGCUGUCGACGUGGACGACUUGUACAAACAAAAGGUGCAGGACUUGCAAAUACGCUCCUACUUCUACGGCAUGGGUGUGCCCAAGCCCCAAGAGUCGGGCCUCGCCAACGAGGACGGCGCGCCGCACGAGAACAGCCACGUUUUUCCUUCCCACAUGGAGCCUCUGGGCGGCGUGCCUACGCUGAACCCAUACUCUUUUACGAUUCCUCUUGAUCUUCUGGAGAUUUACAGAGUCGGCCAGGACAGAAUUGCGCCUUCAUCAGCACUGCCUAUUGGCGCAGAGCGUGCCAUGGACGGACUGCAAGUGGUUAAGCUGGACCCGGUGAAUUCUGCAUCGGACCUCUCCUCACUCCUACACUCGGUGCUUGUUCUUGUCGAGCCACCGCGCGGCGGAGGCGAGCCCGGCAAGCCGGAUUCCGAGUGCGAGCGCACCGAGGAUGAGCUGCUAGGAGCGAGCUUGGUUGGACUCGUGCAUGUGUACGUAUGA